GGGAGGGAGCUUGGAGGGCAAGACGCAUGAAUGAAUGCGAUCUGUGUUGAAUGUGCUGUGGCGUUGUGCUGCGAUGCAAUGCAAUCGCAACCGAAUGUAUGAACGACCACCCUGAGCCAGUGCCAUCGCCAUUACUAUCGUCAUUACCCCUCUAUCGCAGUCUUCUACGAUUUCCUUCCCUGUGCUGCACCCUUCUCACUCUGCCACUCCUCUUCCCUCUUGCUUGUUUUCGGAAGAAAUCGAGUAUUCUAGGGUUUCUCCACGCCCGAUUCGCAUUUCCAGAGUUUGGAAAAAGACCGGCCCAGACGUGUUGUAGGGGUUGGAGGGUGUAGCAUCUCUCCUCGGAGGGUGACACAUGGAGGAGGAGCAUGAGGUUUACGGGGGCGACAUACCCGUGGAGGUGGAGGGGGAUAUCGAGGGCGACUUGGAUGGGGAGCCAGACGACCUCCUUCUCAAGGGGGACGAUACUGCCACCGACGAAGCUGCUUCCAAGGAACUAGAGGAGAUGAAGAAGCGUUUGAAAGAGAUGGAGGAGGAAGCUGCCGCAUUACGUGACAUGCAAGCCAAGGUCGAAAAAGAAAUGAGCGCUGUUCAAGAUUCUGUGGGCAAAGAUGGCUCUCCUGCCAAUCGAGAGGAGGCGGAUGCUCGCUCAGUUUUUGUCGGCAAUGUUGAUUAUUCCUGCACUCCGGAAGAGGUACAACAGCACUUUCAGUCAUGUGGGACAGUGAACCGUGUCACUAUUUUGACAGACAAAUUUGGGCAGCCUAAAGGGUUUGCAUAUGUGGAGUUUUUGGAGGUCGAGGCAGUACAAAAUGCGAUUCUUCUUAAUGAAUCUGAGUUGCACAAUCGCCAACUCAAGGUAACAGCAAAGAGGACAAACGUGCCAGGAAUGAAGGCUUAUCGGGGACGACCAUACGCUCCCUUUUAUGGGUACCGCCCCAGGAGGCCUUAUCCGCCUCUCUAUGGGAAAAUGCCCAGAUUCAGGAGGCCUAUGCGUUACAGACCUUAUUAUUAGGUGAUUUCUAUUGGACGCUUCUAGGAGAGCAGAGGUCUCGUGAUAUCAGUUUAGAUCAGUUAGGAGAGGAACUUGUGUGUCAAAUGGUCUGUGAUGGUCUCAUUGAGAAAUUUUUCUACGAGUGUUGAGGGUGUUUCGAUCGCUGUUGUGGAAUUGUCCUUGCAUCUCUGGAAGGUAUCGGGGACUUGAGUAAGUUCAUGUGUUCUCGUCCUAAUUGUAUGUGAAAAGUGCAAGUUGAAAUAUGGUCAUGUAGUUUGGCUGUAACAAAACUAAAACUAGAUUCUGGAUGUAGUUACUCAUAUCUACGAACGAGUGUUGAUAGUAUUUGAAGUUCUUGUGUCUGUGCAUCUAGAGUAUUGAACUAGAAACUUGCGGCAAACCUAUGCCUUAAUGUAAUACUAGCUUUGCAAUGAAGCGUGUGGCAGCACUGAAAAAGCUUCAUGUAAAAAGUCUAAACUGAAGUACCAGAGACGAAAAUGUACUCUUUAACAUUGCUAGUCUAAAAUUGUAUUUGCAAGGUA